GAGGCAGUGGCUUACCCACUCACACGUCCCACCAUUAUCGAACUUGAACAGGGGCGGGUCAAUCCACCGCCUUUCUCUGACUUUUCCCCAUAUCUUCAUCCUUUCAUCUCCGCCAUUUUAGCCUACGCCGCCGUAGCCAUCAUCUUCCUCCGUCUUCUCCGCCCCCACUCAUUCCAUCGCCGCCCACUAAUUUGAUUGGGACCAAACGCCAGUGCAAUAUCAGAUGCAAUCUUGAAGCAAUUAGUCAAAUGAUUUUGAGCAACAAACAACAGUGAACCCAAAGAACAGAGAAAAAGUGAGAUGGAAUGUAAGAUAAUCAUUUACAUUUCAACAUUUCUUUUUGGGUGUCUUCUUUUUGGUGUCAUCAAGCUCUUUGUCAAACUAUGGUGGACUCCCAUGAGGAUUCAGAGGUUCAUGAGGUCACAGGGGAUUCAAGGUCCUUCUUAUAAGUUCAUCCAAGGCAACACUAGAGAUGUUUACACCAAAAGAAUGCAGGCCAUGGCCACACCCAUGGACCUUUCCCAUCACAUUCUCCCCAGAGUUAUGCCUAGUGUUCACUCUUGGCUCAACCUUUAUGGGAGGAACUUUCUUCAGUGGUUCGGAGUUGAUGCUCAGUUGAUCAUUACCGACCCUGAGAUGAUCAAAGAAGUGCUCCAUGAUCGACAAAAAAACUUCCCAAAAGCAAAACUCCAAGGCCACAUUCAUAGAAUUUUUGGAAAUGGACUGGCCACAGCCGAGGGUGAAAGAUGGGCCAAGUCCAGGAAAAUAGCCAACUUUGCUUUCCAUGGAGACAGCCUCAAAAACAUGAUCCCAACCAUGAUUGAGUGUGGUGAGAAGAUGACUGAAGGGUGGAAGAAUUAUGAAGGAAAAGAAUUGGAUGUGUUCAAGGAAUUCAAAGUAUACACUUUGGAUGUCAUUUCUCAUACUGCUUUUGGAAGUAGUUACCAACAAGGAAAAGAUAUCUUCCACAUGCUACAAGAGCUUUGUGAGCUAUCAAUCAGAAAUGGAUAUAAAAUUAAGCUACCCAUAAUUAGUAAGAUUUUGAAAUCCAAAGAUGAUUAUGAAGGAGAAAGGCUUGAAAAGAGAAUGAAAGAUUGCUUCAUGGAAAUCAUAAAAGGGAGAGAGGAGAAGUUGAGGAAUGGUGAGGCAGAUGGUUAUGGUAAUGACUUUCUGGGAUUGUUGGUGAAAGCAAAGAAUGACCCUGAAAUAUCACAGAGGAUUUCUGUGGAAGAUAUUGUGGAUGAAUGCAAGACAUUUUACUUUGCUGGACAUGAGACCACCAAUGUUUUGCUGGCUUGGACUAUGUUUCUUCUGGCAUUGCAUAAAGAAUGGCAAGAGGAAGCAAGAAAUGAAGUCUUGAAGGUAUUUGGAGACAAGAAUCCAACAUUGGAAGGCCUUCCGAAAUUAAGAAUGAUGAUGAUCAUCAUCAAUGAAUGCCUGAGGCUAUAUCCACCAGCGAUGACGGUAUCACGGCUAGUAGAGAAGGAAGUGAGACUGGGAAACUUGGUGGUUCCGACGAUGACUAAGCUUGUAAUUCCAACGGUAGCAGUUCAUCAUGACAUGACAUUUUGGGGGGAGGAUGCACAUGAAUUCAAACCAGAGAGAUUUUUAGAAGGGGUGGGGAAAGCCACUGAAAGCAACUCGGCCGCAUAUAUCCCAUUCGGAUUGGGGCCUCGAAAUUGCGUGGGGAUGAACUUUGCAAUGAAUGAGGCCAAAAUUGCAAUGUCGAUGAUUCUACAGAGAUAUUCCUUUGACCUCUCACCGGCCUACGUGCACAUGCCGGCGCAAUUGUUAACCAUUUCCCCACAAAAUGGAGUUCAAGUUAUACUAAAUUCAAUAACAUAUCACAAAGCCUGAAAUGAACGUUGUUUGGGUGUUAAUAAGAAACAAAAUGUAUGGUUGGUACUCUAUUUAGGGUGUUGAUAGUGUAUGACACACCUCAUAGGAAUUUCCUAAAACUCGCCGUUUGUAAUUAUAGAAACAUAUUUAAUUUAUCAAUAAAAGUAUUAUUGAAUAUUUUAUUUAAUAAAAAU